AUGGCUGUAUGCUUUAUAUACGUAUGCUGCGGUGCUUCUUAUCAUCCUGGGUCCCAUCCGGAACUUCCGCCGCGCAGCAUCGAGGAGGAAAGGAACAGUGCCUGCCAUUUGGGUUGGGUCGAACAUCUGCGUCACGACACCUUCGGAGAAGCCAACACGCGUCUCUUGAUCUGCGCAUACUGCGUGCUGGUUCUGGCGGUCGGCAUGGCCAUUGUCUUCCGACUCAGCAAGGUGGUCGAGGUGGACACGCGACGCAAAGUCUUCCACGGUAUGAUGGUGCUGAUGUUUCUUCCGAUUACCUACAUCGACCCUGCGUUCUCUGCGCUGGCCCUCGCCUUGAUGCUGGCGGUGUUUUUGCUUCUGGAUCUCUUCCGCGCCUCGCAGUUGCCUCCGAUCUCGAAGCCACUAACCUACUUCCUGGCUCCUUACACGGACGGCCGUGACCACCGGGGCCCAGUGAUUGUGUCGCACAUUUUCCUCUUGAUUGGCUGCGCUAUCCCUCUGUGGCUCUCGCUCGCAGAUCUCCCACGCACAGAAGCGCUGCCAUGGCCCGGGUGGGACGUCGUUUCUCGGGACGUCAGCAUGGUCAGUGGUGUGAUCUGCGUGGGCAUGGGGGAUGCAGCCGCGUCCUUGAUCGGGCGGCGCUUCGGACGUCUCAAAUGGUUCUGGGGCGGGGGGAAAUCACUCGAAGGCAGUGUCGCGUUUGCGGCGGCUGUCUCCGUUGGAUUGAUCGUUGCACGAGCCUUGUUGACCGUUGGCCGGUGGCAAGGGCAGGAAUCUGCCUGGGUGUUGGUGAUUGUGAAAUCCGUGCUCGCUGCCGGGGUCGCCAGUCUUACCGAGGCCGUGUUGACGGGCGGAAACGACAAUGUCAUCGUCCCAGUGGUGCUGUGGCUUUUUGUGAGAGGUCUAGACGUUUAG